GCCAUUUCUUUCCAAAUGGGUUUCUAGGGUUCUGGGGAGGGAGGCUCCUGCGCGGAGCUAUGCGCUGGCUCAUCGACUGCAUUCAGGAGUACGAUCGAGUGCAGUCGCUGGCGGUGGUUUUACUCUAUGUCCAGGUGUCCUGUGCGCUGAUCGGCUCCCUCGGCGCGCUCUACACGGGGGUCUUGCUUGCAAAUCUAGCGAUCGCCUUGUUUGCUCUUGUGGCGAUUGAGAGUGGGAGUCAAACCCUUGGCCGCGCUUACGCCGCAUUGCUAGUGUGUGCCUUGCUUCUCGACAUACUUUGGUUUAUUUUCUUCUCCUAUGAGAUCAGGCAUUACGGCCUAUCUCCACGAAUUGGCACGCUGUCGAUCUUCUCGCUGGAGCUCGCGCUAUGGAUGGAGAUCAUCGGCUUCACGGUCCGGAGCUUCUCGGCGCUGGUUUGGCUGCAAAUGUACCGGCUAGGACCGUCUCUCGCCACGGAUAGUCUCGCUAGUUACUACCAGAGGCUCGUCCAGCCCGCUGCUGGUGCUACUCCAGCGGUUUCCACUCCCCGGAGCGCCAGGCAGACGUCCAUAAGCGACCAGAUCCUCGGUGGCUCGAUUUAUGAUCCAACGUACUACGCCUCGCUCUUCCGGAUCCAGGAGAAGGAGAAUUGCUCGAGCUCGUCAACAAAGGACACUGGGGAUGAUAACGAAAAGCGUGCUAGCGGAGAAUAAGCGCUGUAGAGCAACUUUGUCCUUGUACCCGGCAUUAAACUCCAGGAGCUGGUUUUUCUCGCAGAAUUUGGGCAGAAGCGUUGGUCUGGAUCAUAGCGGUUUAAUCCAUCCUGGCAUUGGGGAAACAGUUCACGCGGCAUUCAAAGACAAGAAAUCGACAGCGAGGACGUACGGGAAGAAGGGGGGUUUAGGUAUAUCUGCGUACGGAAAGAAGCGGGCUGGUGCAAAGAAGGCAGAGAGACGAAGAAGAAAGCUCGAUUUUGGUGUGGCUGGUGCUUCUUUCCUUCCACCGGUCUUUUAGGGAACUGGCGACCAACUUGGAUGA